AUGAUUUCGGCCCAGAAUCCGGCUAAUAGCAGUCGAAAUCCCAUAAACAUUCCUGUCCAAGGCAAGAAGGUCAAGCUCGGACCGCUCAAGGCUCUUGCGGGAGGGAUCUCAUACGCGACCUGUGGCACCACCUACAAGAGCAAUAACCUUAUGCCAACAUCGGAGGAACCAAGAAAGGAAUAUUGUACCAAGGAGGUUACCCAAAUGGAGACUCUCAGCAGUAGGGUCGAACCCACAGGCGGAAUCCCGGUAGGUCAAGUCCAAACUCCAAGACCAAUUCAAUACUAUACAAUUACCCUUGUCCCACCGUUUGCUUCCUUUGUCGCGCCACUUUUAUCAAUACAUCCACCGACUAUGCCGUGGAGGGUAGAGGCUUGA